AUGAAGUUCGGAACUACUCUUCUAACUGCACUAUUGGCCUCCACUGCCUUUGCUGCCCCAGCUGCUAAAGCUAACGCUCUUGCUAAUGCCGAUGCAGAUGCAGAUGCAGCUUGGAGAUUAAAGCCAUUCGUUAGAUUCCAAGGUAUUUGGAAGAGAGAUGCCGAAGCCCAAGCACAGGCUAUUGCUGAUGCUUCCCCAGAUGCAAAUGCAGCAUGGAGACUCAAGCCAUUUGUUAGAUUCCAGGGUAUCUGGAAGAGAAAUGCAGAAGCAGAUGCGGAAGCCGAUGCAGAAGCAGAUGCAGAAGCUAAACCAGCUUGGAGAUUGAAACCAUUCGUCAGAUUCCAGGGUAUCUGGAAGAGAGAUGAGAACUCUACUGAGAUUGCAACCAACUCUACAGAUCUUGAUGACAGCAUUUUGGGAAUUCUUGUUGCUGUUGAUGAUGAGACUGGGGAGCCUGUUGAUGCUGCUUUUAUUCAAUCUGGUGAAGAUGAGGAUGAGGAGUAA